GGCUGUGGCCUUAAACAGCUGUUGCCCAUCUGCCACUGAGAAGCAGCCACAGGAGCUAGACGAGAGGAAAGAGGGAGUAGACAGAGAAAAAGGGGCUAAGAAUGGACACGCUGCAGGACUGGGCCCUGGAGUACCCGGCUCUGGCCCGGCUGCUCUGGGUGAUCGUGCUGGUUUUGGCCACCCUCCUGGUCUGGAGCUUGUUCUUCUGUUGCUGGGGUAACCAAAGCUCCACCUCCCCUCUGGAAAGAUAUCUCUCAGCCAUGAAGAAACAGUCAAAGACAAAACACCAGAGCCAGCGGAAGAAGAAGCCGAAAGACAAGAGUGUCUCUGCGGCUUUGCUAAAUGAGGGGAUCGUCGGGGUGAUCAAACUGGCAACCCCUCUGUCUCAAGAGAAACAGAAGAAGAAGGAGAAGGAAAGACACGGGAAAAAGACAGAGGAAGAGGAAGAAAAGAAGGAAGGAAAGGAUGAGAAGGAGGAGGAAGGGAAAGGAGAGAAGCCCUCUACAACAGUGAGGAAAAGAAACAAACGGCACCUGAAAGUGACCAUCGCACCUGGAACCGUGAUUUCAGCAUCUACUGACCAGGUCAUGUCAGGGGGUCGCCGGCGGAUACUGGAGCGGUCUGCAUCGGAGGAGAGUGCGAGUGACCUGUGCUCCUCACCUUUUCCCGGAGACACCUUACCUUGGAACCUCCCUAAACACCAGCGCGUCAAACGCUCCAAAUCUGCCUCCGGAGAUGUCCUGGACCCCGCAGAGAGAGCGGUCAUCCGUAUUGCAGAUGAACGAGAUCGAGUACAGAAAAAGACCUUCACAAAAUGGGUGAACAAGCAUCUGAUGAAGGCCCAGCGACACAUCACAGACCUGUACGAGGAUCUCAGAGAUGGACACAACCUCAUCUCACUGCUGGAGGUGCUGUCUGGAGAGACACUGCCCAGAGAGAAGGGUCGCAUGCGCUUUCACAAACUACAGAAUGUACAGAUCGCACUGGACUUCCUCAAACAUAGACAGGUGAAACUGGUAAACAUAAGAAACGACGACAUUGCAGAUGGAAAUCCAAAACUGACCCUCGGGCUAAUAUGGACCAUCAUUCUUCACUUCCAGAUCUCCGAUAUCCAGGUGAAUGGUCAGUCAGAUGAUAUGACCGCCAAGGAGAAGCUUCUCUUGUGGUCUCAGCGGAUGGUGGAGGGCUACCAUGGCCUACGGUGUGAUAACUUCACCACCAGCUGGAAAGAUGGCAGGCUCUUCAACGCCAUCAUCCAUAAACACAGGCCGAAUUUGAUCGACAUGAAUAAGGUGUUCAAACAGACCAACCUGGAGAAUUUGGAGCAGGCCUUCAGCAUAGCAGAGAGAGACAUGGGCGUCACACGCCUGCUGGAUCCUGAAGAUGUGGACGUCCCACACCCAGACGAAAAGUCCAUCAUCACGUAUGUGUCUUCUUUGUAUGAUGUCAUGCCAAGGGUUCCUGACGCUCGUGAUGGAGUCCAGGCCAAUGAGUUGGAGUUGCGCUGGCAGGAGUAUUACGAGCUGGUGACCAUGUUACUCCAGUGGAUCAGGCAUCACAUUAUCGUGUUUGAGGAACGCAAGUUCCCUUCCAGCUAUGAGGAGAUUGAGGUUCUUUGGCGUCAGUUUCUGAAGUUCAAGGAGUCUGAACUACCAGCCAAAGAGACUGACAAAAAUCGCACCAAGCACAUUUACAAGUCUUUUGAGGGUGCUGUGCAGGCGGGUCAGGUCAAGGUUCCCCCCAGUUACCACCCAAUUGAUGUGGAGAAGGAAUGGGGCCGUCUGCAUGUGGCCAUUUUGGAACGAGAGAAACUAUUGCGUUCAGAGUUUGAACGGCUGGAGCGUCUGCAGAGAAUAGUCGGUAAGGUGCAAAUGGAGUCAGGUGUGUGCGAGGAACAGCUCAACCAGGUGGAAACGGUGUUACAAACGGACAUACGUCUGCUGGGUGCGGGAAAACCUAUCCAGCACUCGUCUGAGAUAGAGGCAGAUCUGAACAAGGCUGAAAACAUGAUCCGAUACCUUUUUAAUGAUGUGCAAUUACUUAAAGAUGGGCGCCACCUUCAGGCAGAACAGAUGUACAGGCGGGUGUACCGUCUCCAUGAGCGUCUGGUAAACCUGCGCAGUGAGUUUAAUCUGCGUCUGAAGUCUGGCGUGACGGUGUCGCAGGUGCCCAUGACCCAGAUGUCCAUGUCCCAGACCUCCCACGUCCAAACUUUACAGCAGUCUCCGCAGCGCGUAAAACCUGAGCUCGACGAAGUCACUCUCAAGUACAUUCAGGACCUCUUGUCCUGGGUGGAGGAGAACCAGAGGCGCAUUGAUGGUGCGGAGUGGGGCGAAGAUCUGCCCACUGUGGAGUCUCAACUCGGUAGCCAUCGUGGCCUUCAUCAGUCAAUCGAGGAAUUCAAAUACAAGAUUGACCGUGCACGGGCUGAUGAGAAUCAGUUGACUCCAUUCAGUAAGGGAGCUUAUCGAGAAUACUUGGGCAAACUGGACCUUCAAUAUGCCAAACUGCUGAACUCGUCCAAGUCACGCCUGCGGAAUCUAGAUCAGCUGCACGCUUUUGUUGUGGCCGCCACAAAAGAGCUGAUGUGGCUGAACGAAAAAGAAGAGGAGGAAGUGAACUAUGAUUGGAGUGAUCGAAACUCCAACAUGACCGCCAAAAAGGACAACUAUUCUGGUUUGAUGCGAGAUCUUGAACAUAGAGAGAAGAGAGUGAACAAUGUCCAGAUGACCGGAGACAAACUCUUGAAAGAUGGCCAUCCUGCCAGGAAGACUGUGGAGGCUUUCACUGCAGCUCUUCAGACUCAGUGGAGCUGGAUCCUUCAGCUGUGCUGUUGCAUUGAGACUCAUCUGAAAGAAAACACCGCCUACUUCCAGUUCUUCUCAGAUGUUAAAGAGGCUGAAGAAAGGAUGAAGAAGAUGGAGGACACGAUGAAGAAGAAAUAUGUGUGUGACCGCUCAAUCACGGUUACACGGCUAGAGGAUCUGCUACAAGAUGCAGUGGAGGAAAAAGAACAGCUAAAUGAAUUCAAGACACACCUGGAGGGUCUCAACCGGAGAGCUAAGACCAUUAUCCAGCUCAAGCCGAGGAACACCGCUCACCCCGUCAAGGGCAAAUUACCCAUUCAGGCUGUUUGUGACUUCAAACAAAUGGAGAUCACGGUACACAAAGGAGACGAGUGUGCCCUGGUGAACAACUCCCAACCGUACAAUUGGACAGUGCGAAACUCCAGUGGAAAUGAAGCCACAGUACCAUCCAUCUGUUUCAUUGUCCCUCCCACCAACAACGAAGCUAUGGAUGUCAGCUCUGGUAUGGAUGCGAGUCUGCAGAGGCUGAUGGUUCUUUGGCAAAGGCUGCAUGUUGAUAUGAAGAGCCUGCUGUCCUGGCAGUACUACAUGCGAGAUAUCCUGCUUAUCAACUCCUGGAAUUUCAUCAUGUUCAAGACUCUGAGAGUCGAGGAAUAUCGACUGACCCUGAAGAACCUGGAGCAGCACUAUCAGGCCUUCAUACGUGACAGUCAGGAUUCUGAGCUCUUCGGUGCCGAUGAUCGCUUGCAAGCUGAGAACAGUUACAGCAAAGCCACUCAACACUAUGAUAACCUGCUACGCUCCGUUGAACAAGGGGAACAGGAUGAGUCAGUGUGCAAGAGUUACAUCACCCAGAUAAAGGACCUGAGAUUGAGACUGGAAGGCUGUGAGAACCGCACAGUGAACCGCCUCAGACAGAUGGUAGACAAGGAGCCUCUCAAAGCCUGUUUACAGAGAGCCACUGAACAGAAGAAAGUGCAGACUGAGUUGGAGGGUAUAAAGAAAGACUUGGAUAAGAUGGUGGAGAAGAGUGAAGCAGUGCUGGCCACAUCUCAGCAGUCCAGUUCAGCCCCUGUCCUGCGCUCAGAAAUAGACAUCACCCAGAAAAAGAUGGAGCACGCCUACAGUCUUUCUUCUGUGUAUCUCGACAAGCUGAAGACCAUUGACAUGGUAAUCCGCAGCACACAAGGAGCAGAAGACAUUCUCAACAAAUAUGAGAACCAGUUGCGGGAUGUGAACAAAGUUCCUGUUAAUGAGAAAGAGAUUGAGGCCACUCAAACACAGCUCCAGAAACUGCGCUCAGAAGCGGAGGGAAAGCAAGCUACGUUUGACCACCUGGAAGAGGAGCUUCAGAGGGCUACCGCGGUGACCGACCGUAUGUCUCAGCUGCACAGUGAACGUGACAUAGAGCUGGAGCACUACAGGCAUCUGGUGGGCAACCUGAAGGACCGCUGGCAGGCUGUGUUUGCUCAGAUUGAGCUGAGGCAGCGAGAACUUGACCUUCUGAGCAGGCAGAUGCAGGCUUACAGGCAGAGCUGGGACUGGCUCAUCCGCUGGAUAGCAGACGCCAAGCAGAGGCAGGACAAGCUCCAUGCUUUGCCCAUCGACAGCAAAGCCCUUCAAGAGCAGCUGACCCAGGAGAAGAAACUGCUUGAGGAGAUUGAGAAGAACAAGGACAAGGUGGAUGACUGCCAGAAAUAUGCUAAAGCAUACAUUGAUGCCAUAAAGGAUUAUGAGCUCCAGCUGGUGACUUAUAAAGCUCAUGUGGAGCCCAUAGCUUCCCCUCUGAAGAAGACCAAAAUGGAGUCUGCAUCUGAUGACAUCAUUCAAGAGUAUGUGACUCUGAGAACACGCUACAGUGAGCUGAUGACUCUUUCGACCCAGUAUAUUAAAUUCAUCAUUGAGACACAGCGCCGCCUAGAGGAUGAGGUGAAAGCUGCCGAAAAACUUAAGGAAGAAGAUAGAAAAAAGCUGGCCGAGAUGCAGGCCGAGCUAGAAAAGCAAAGGCAGUUAGCUGAAUCUCACUCAAAGGCUAUUGCUAAAGCAGAACAAGAGGCGAAUGAGCUGAAGACGAAGAUGAAAGAUGAAGUCAGCAAACGACAGGACGUUGCGGUCGAUGCUGAGAAACAGAAGCACAAUAUCCAACGAGAGCUCCAGGAGCUCAAAAGCCUUUCUGAGCAGGAAAUCAAGUCUAAGACUCAACAGGUAGAGGAAGCCCUCCACAGCCGGACCAGAAUUGAAGAAGAAAUCCAUAUAAUCCGACUCCAGCUAGAGACGACGAUGAAACAAAAAAACACUGCUCAAACAGAGCUUCAACAGCUCAGGGAAAAAGCUGCAGAUGCCGAAAAACUUCGAAAGGCAGCACAGGAUGAGGCAGAGAAGCUUCGGAAGCAAGUUGCCGAAGAGACUCAGAAGAAACGCCAGGCAGAAGAGGAGCUUAAACUGAAAUCAGAGGCAGAAAAGGAGGCUGCCAAAGAGAAGAAGAGGGCCCUUGAGGAUCUUAAGAAGUUCAAGCUUCAAGCUGAGGAAGCUGAGAGGCACAUGAAGCAAGCAGAGCUGGAAAAGCAAAGACAGAUUCAAGUGGUAGAGGAAGUGGCAAAGAAGACUGCAGCCACUCAGCUUGAGAGUAAACAAAUAUCAUUGACAGCAAAACUGGAAGAAUCACUCAAACAUGAGCAGGUGAUGGUCAUUCAACUGCAGGAGGAGGCAGAACAUCUCAAAAAGCAGCAAGCUGAAGCAGAUAAGGCAAGAGAGCAGGCAGAGAAGGAGCUAGAAACAUGGAGACAGAAGGCUAAUGAAGCUCUCCGGCUCCGGCUCCAGGCUGAAGAAGAGGCCAAUAAGAAAACUACAGCUCAGGAGGAAGCGGAGAAACAGAAGGAGGAAGCCAAACGGGAGGCAAAGAAGAGAGGAAAAGCUGAGGAGGCUGCCCUUAAACAGAAAGAGAUUGCCGAAAAGGAACUGGAGAACCAAAUGAAGAUGGCUGAAGAAACGGCUAAACAGAAGCUUGCAGCAGAGCAAGAGCUUAUUAGGUUAAGAGCAGAUUUUGAGCAUGCUGAACAACAGAGAACUGUCUUGGAUGAUGAGCUCCAGCGUCUCAAAAAUGAUGUCAAUGCCGCUGUUAAACAGAAGAAGGAGCUUGAGGAGGAACUGGUCAAAGUUAGGAAGGAGAUGGAAGUUCUACUACAGGUAAAAUCCAAAGCUGAGAAAGAGUCUUUGUCAAACACUGAAAAGAGCAAACAUCUACUUGAAUCUGAGGCUGCCAAGAUGAGGGAACUGGCUGAGGAGGCAACUAAACUGAGGUCAGUUGCAGAAGAAGCAAAGAAACAGAGGCAAAUUGCAGAAGAAGAAGCUGCCCGUCAGAGAGCAGAGGCUGAGAAGAUCCUCAAAGAAAAGUUAGCUGCUAUCAACGAGGCAACCCGUCUAAAAACUGAGGCUGAGAUCGCUUUGAAAGAGAAGGAGGCUGAAAAUGACCGCUUAAAGAGAAAAGCCGAAGACGAGGCCUACCAGAGGAAAGUUCUUGAAGAUCAAGCGGCUCAGCACAAGCAAGCAAUUGCAGAAAAGAUCGAUCAGCUCAAGAAGUCUUCAGACACUGAGCUCGACAGGCAAAAGAAAAUCGUAGAAGAAACCUUGAAGCAGAGGAAAGUGGUGGAGGAGGAGAUCCACAUUCUCAAACUCAAUUUCGAAAAGGCUUCAACUGGCAAACAGGACCUUGAACUUGAGCUUAACAAACUGAAGGGCAUCUCAGAGGAGACACAGAAGAGCAAAGCGAAGGCUGAGGAAGAAGCAGAGAAAUUCCGAAAACUUGCUUUGGAAGAGGAGAAAAAAAGGAAAGAGGCAGAGGCCAAGGUGAAAAAAAUCCAAGCUGCAGAAGAAGAGGCAGCGAGACAGCACAAAGCUGCUCAAGAGGAGGUUGAGCGUCUAAUAAAGAGAGCAGAAGAUGCCAAAAAGCAGAAAGAGAUUGCAGAGAAAGAAGCCGAGAGACAGAUCAUUUUAGUCAAAGAGGCUGCACAGAAGUGCUCUGCUGCUGAACAGAAAGCCCAAAAUGUUCUUCUCCAGCAAAAUAAAGACAGCAUGGCGCAGGAUAAUCUCAAGGAAGAGUUUGAAAAAGCAAAGAAACUGGCACAAGAUGCAGAAAAGGCUAAAGACAAGGUUGAGAAAGAGGCUGCCUUGUUGCAGAAGAAAGCAGAGGAAGCUGAACGUCAAAAGCAGGCAGCUGAGGCUGAAGCUGCCAAACAGGCCAAAGCCCAGGAAGAUGCUGAAAAACUGAGGAAGGAAGCUGAAAAGGAAGCUUCCCGGCGGGCUGAGGCAGAGGCUGCUGCUUUAAAACAAAAACAAGAGGCUGAUGCUGAAAUGGCCAAGUACAAAAAGCUUGCAGAAAAGACCCUGAAGCAGAAGUCUUCGGUUGAGGAGGAGUUAGUGAAGGUUAAAUUGCAACUUGAUGAGACAGACAAACAGAAAUCUAUCCUUGAUGAUGAACUUAAGCGACUCAAACAAGAGGUCAGUGAUGCUAUGAAGCAGAAGGCUCAAGUAGAGGAUGAGCUCUCUAAAGUUAAGAUUCAGAUGGAGGACUUACUAAAACUGAAACUUAAAAUUGAAAAGGAAAACCAAAAGCUUAUGAAGAAAGAUAAAGACAACACAAAGAAACUCCUUGAGGAAGAAGCUGAGAAUAUGAAAAAACUGGCAGAGGAGGCAGCACGGCUUAACAUUGAGGCUCAAGAAGCUGCAAGAUUACGACAAAUUGCCGAGUCAGAUCUUGCCAAACAGAGGGAACUGGCUGAUAAGAUGCUGGAAGAGAAAAAGCAGGCCAUUCUUGAGGCGACAAAACUGAAGGCUGAAGCCGAAAAGCUCCAGAAACAAAAAGAUCAGGCACAGGUAGAGGCUCAAAAGCUGUUAGAGGCCAAAAAGGAGAUGCAGCAGCGUCUGGAGCAGGAGACUGUAGGUUUCCAGAAAUCUUUGGAGGCUGAACGCAAGCGGCAAUUAGAGAUUACCGCAGAGGCUGAGAAACUGAAGAUCAAGGUGAUGCAGCUAAGUGAUGCUCAGUCAAAAGCAGAGGAGGAAGCCAAAAAAUUCAAGAAACAAGCUGAUGAAAUCAAAACCCGUCUGCUAGACACUGAAAAACAGACUUCCGAAAAAUACACUGUUGUUGAGAAACUGGAAGUACAGAGACUGCAGAGCAAAAAAGAGGCUGAUGAUCUGCAUAAAGCAAUUGCAGAGCUUGAGAAAGAAAAGGAGAAAUUGAAAAAAGAGGCUGCUGACUUACAAAAACAAUCAAAAGAGAUGGCCAAUGUACAACAAGAACAGUUACAGCAGGAAAAGACUAUCCUCCAGCAGACUUUCUUUGCAGAAAAAGAGACACUGCUGAAAAAGGAAAAAGCCAUUGAAGCAGAGAAAAAGAAGCUGGAGAAGCAAUUUGAAGAUGAAGUAAAGAAGGCUGAAGCACUUAAAGAUGAACAGGAGCAUCAGAAAAGGCAAUUGGAGGAGGAGAGGAAGAAACUUCAGUCUGCCAUGGAUGCUGCCAUCAAAAAGCAAAAGGAUGCUGAGGAAGAGAUGAAUGCCAAGCAAAAAGAAAUGAAAGAGCUUGAAAAGAAAAGAAUUGAACAAGAGAAGCUUCUGGCAGAGGAAAACAAGAACUUGCGAGAAAAACUCCAGCUGCUUCAGAGUUCACAAAAGCCAUCCCACACCAAGGAGAUUGAAAUUCAAACUGACAAAGUCCCUGAAAAAGAGUUAGUUCAAAUGAAAAUGGUAGAAACAACAACGAAGGUCCUAAAUGGCUCUACAGAAGUGGAUGGUGUGAAAAAAGAUGUACCCUUGGCUUUUGAUGGAAUCAGAGAGAAGGUGCCUGCAAACAGACUUCAUGAGAUUGGUGUGCUCAGCAAAAAAGAAUUUGACAAGCUUAAGAAAGGCAAAACAACUGUGGAAGAGCUUUCUAAGAAUGACAAGGUCAAGAUGUGCCUAAAAGGUAAAGAUUGCAUCGGUGGUGUAAUAGUUGAUUCCAACCAGAAAAUGAGCAUCUAUCAAGCUUUGAAGGACAAGAAGAUUACACAAAGCACAGCUAUGAUGCUUCUUGAAGCCCAAGCUUCAUCUGGUUACAUAAUUGACCCCAUUAAGAACAGAAGACUCUCUGUAAGCGAAGCUGUGAAGGAUACGUUGAUUGGACCUGAGUUGCACACCAAGUUGUUAUCGGCCGAAAGGGCCGCCACAGGAUUCAAAGAUCCGUUCACUGGAGAUACAAUCUCACUGUUUGAAGCAAUGAAAAAAGGUUUGAUUGCAGAGGACCAGGCCACAAAACUUCUUGAUUGUCAAUAUGCAACUGGUGGGAUAGUUGAUCCUGUCAAUAGCCACCGUGUAACAGUCCAAAUGGCAUGCACGCAAGGUCAACUUGAUGAUGAUCUAAGCAAAAUUCUGUCCAGCCGUCCUGCUGACAAAAAAACAUUCAUUGAUCCCAACACUCAGGAUUGCCUCACUUAUUGUGAGUUACUGGAGCGAUGCAAACCAGAUCCUGAGACAGGCAUUCCAUUACUGCCAAUCACAGAACAUGCAGCCCAAAUUGAAAGAACUUAUACUGAUGAGGAAACUAAAGAUGUAUUUAGUAAGGCAAACCUAACAGUUCUAUUUGGAAGAUUCAAAGGAAAGACUGUCACCAUCUGGGAGGUCAUAAACUCAGAGUACUUCACUGAAGACCAGAGAAAGGAUCUUAUCCGUCAAUACAAGACAGGCAAAAUUACAGUUGAAAAAAUUAUUAGAAUUGUAAUAACUGUUGUAGAGGACAAGGAAAGCAAGAAGGAACCUGCAUUUGAUGGUUUGAGAUCAUCAGUGCCAGCUUCUGAACUUCUGGAAGCAAAGGUUAUUAAUAAAGAUUUGUUCAACAAAUUGCACAAUGGAAAAGCCACUCUUAAAGAGGUCUCUGAGCUUGAACCUGUCAAGAAAGCCCUAAAGGGGGCACACUGUAUUGCUGGAGUGCAGAUUGAGUCAACUUCUGAAAAGAUGUCUUUCUACGAAGCCAUGAAGAAGGGCUUGCUCGGAACAGAGCCUGCGCUAAACCUUCUGGAGGCCCAGGCUGGAACAGGCUUCAUAAUUGAUCCAGUGAAAAAUCAAAAGCUCACUGUUGAUGAAGCAGUCAAAAGUGGUGUUGUUGGCCCAGAGCUGCAUGAGAAAUUGUUGUCUGCAGAACGAGCUGUUUGUGGUUACAAAGAUCCAUAUACUGGAAAAACUGUAUCCCUGUUUGAAGCAAUGCAAAAAGAUCUCAUUAAGAAAGACCAAGGUGUCCGUCUGUUGGAAGCUCAACUUGCAACUGGAGGAAUUAUUGAUCCUGAGAAAAGUUACCGCAUCACUCCAGAUAUUGCAUAUAAACGUGGAUACCUAAAUGAGAAGAUGAAUGAAGACUUAAGCAGCCCAUCAGUCUCCAAUACAGUAUUCAUUGACCCAAACACACAAGAAAAUGUCACUUAUGCUGAACUGCUGAAAAGAUGCAUCACUGAUAAGCAGACUGGUUUUCCAUUGCUCCCACUAUCUGAAAAGGCAGUCAAGUCAAAAGAAAUAGAACCAGUUUCUGAUGCGCAAACUAAAGAGACCUUGAGCCAUGCUACAGUUGAGCUGCACAGUGGAGUUUUUAAAGGAAGAAUAGUCACCAUUUGGGAGAUUAUCAACUCUGAAUAUUUCACAGAGGAACAAAGGAUUGAAUUUAUCCGGCAAUAUAGAUCAGGAAUAAUCACAAUUGAAAAACUGAUCAAGAUUGUGAUCACUACAGUGGAUGAAAAAGAAAUGAAGAGACAGGGCGACUUUGAUGGUUUUAGAGGACCUGUAACGGCCAGUUCCUUGCUUGAAUCUAAAAUCAUUGACAAAGACACCUAUGACAAAAUCCAACAAGGAAAAAAGAAACCUGCAGAAGUUAGUGACUCCAUCAAACGCUACUUGCAAGGUUCUGAUUGCAUUACUGGGGUAUUUUUGGAAAAAACAAAGGAAAAACUCAGCAUUUACCAAGCAAUGAAGCAGAAACUACUGACAUCAAACACAGGUGCUUCCCUGCUGGAAGCUCAGGCAGCUACUGGCUACAUAGUUGAUCCUAUCAGGAAUGAGAAGUUUACAGUGGAUGAUGCUGUUAAGACUGGCAUUGUUGGUCCAGAGCUUCAUGAAAAACUACUUUCAGCAGAGAAAGCUGUUACUGGUUACAAAGAUCCAUACACUGGUAAUAAGAUCUCUCUUUUUCAAGCAAUGCAAAAACAGCUUGUUCUAAGAGAACAUGCUAUACCUCUUCUAGAUGCUCAGGAGGCCACUGGAGGUAUAAUUGAUCCAGUAAAUAGCCAUCGACUUCCUAGUGAUAUAGCCAUUCAGCGUGGCUACUUCAGCAAGCAAUUAGCCAAAUCUUUUAAAGACCCCACAGAUGAUAUCAAAGGUUUCACUGACCCAAACAAAGAUGAGAAUAUCACAUACAAACAACUGAAAGAGAGAUGUAUGUCCGAUCCAGAAUUUGGAAUUGCCCUGUUACCACUUUCUAAAGCACAGACUCCAGAGCAAGCUGAAAAAUCUUAUGUUUUCACUGAGGAACAAGCACAGACAGACUUAGCUAAUACCCAAAUAGACAUACCACAUGAAAGUUUUGCUGGAAAACAGGUGAACUUAUGGGAAGUCAUGAAAUCAGAUUUGCUUCCAGAAGAGGAAAAACAAAGGCUCCUUGAACAGUAUCGCUCAGGCAAAAUCACAAAAGAGAGAAUGAUCAUUAUUAUAAUUGAAAUCAUUGAACAAAAAGAGAUCAUCAAGACUGAGCAGAGUAUGUCGUGUGAUGUAAUCAGACGCCGGGUUACUAUUGAUGAACUUUACAGAGCUCGUAUUAUAGACCUUGAAACUUACAAUCUGCUCAAACAAGGCAAGAAAACAAUCCGGGAAGUUAUGGAGAUGGCAAGUGUGAAACACUAUCUCUUUGGAACAGGCAGCAUUGCUGGAGUACUCUCAGAUAACUAUGCUAAGGUUAGCAUCUACCAAGCCAUGAAGAGAGGUCUCAUUAAACCUGGCAUUGGCAUUGAUCUGUUGGAGGCACAAGCAGCGACAGGAUUCAUCACUGACCCUGUGAAAGAUGAAUUGUUGACAGUUGAUGAGGCCGUCCGGAAGGGUCUUGUUGGCCCAGAGAUCCAUGACAAACUCUUGUCUGCCGAGAGAGCAGUCACAGGUUAUAAGGAUCCCUACAGCGGUAAGGUUAUUUCUCUAUUCCAAGCCAUGAAAAAGGACCUUGUUCCUGAGGAUUAUGCCAUGAAGCUUUUGGAGGCCCAGGUAGCAACAGGAGGCCUCAUGGAUCCAGAGUACUACUUCCACCUCCCAAUUGAUGUCGCCAUGCAACGUGGUUACAUGAACAAAGAAACCAGUGAGAGGAUAUCUGAUCCAAGUGGAGAUGUCAAACAGUUUAUAGAUCCAACAACAGAUGAAAAGCUGUCUUAUGCCCUACUUCUCAAAAGAUGCAAGAUUGAUAAAGAGAGUGGCUUACGAUUAUUGUCUCUGGCAGACAAGAGACUUCUAUUUAAGGGCCUUAGAAAACAAAUCACUCCAGAGGAGUUGUUGCGCUCUCAAAUUAUUGAUCAGAAAACCUACACAGCACUCAUGGAGGGUACCAUUUCUGUUGAGGACCUCAGUAAAGACCUAAAGAAAUAUCUUGAAGGCAUCAGCUCUAUUGCAGGUGUGUUUGUAGAGGCUACAAAAGAUCGACUUUCAGUCUACCAAGCCAUGAAGAAGAACAUGAUCAGACCAGGCACUGCCUUUGAACUUCUGGAGGCCCAAGCAGCUACUGGGUAUGUGAUUGAUCCAAUCAAAAAUCUCAAAAUGAAUGUCCACGAAGCUGUGAAAAUGGGAGUCGUAGGACCAGAAUUUAAAGACAAGCUUCUCUCUGCUGAACGAGCUGUGACUGGCUACAAAGAUCCAUACUCUGGCAAGGUGAUCUCCCUGUUCCAGGCUAUGAAGAAAGGUCUUAUUCUGAAAGACCAUGGUGUUCGUCUGCUCGAGGCUCAAAUAGCCACCGGUGGAAUCAUUGAUCCUGAAGAGAGUCAUCGACUUCCUGUUGAAAUGGCCUACAAGCGGGGUCUAUUUGAUGAGGAGAUGAAUGGUAUUCUCACUGAUCCCUCUGAUGACACUAAGGGGUUCUUUGAUCCAAACACAGAGGAGAAUUUAACUUACCUCCAGCUGAUGGAGCGCUGUAUAACAGACCCUGAAACUGGACUUUCUCUAUUACUGAUGAAAGAAAAGAAACGGGAAAGAAAGACGUCCUCUAAGUCCUCAGUCCGCAAACGUAGAGUUGUUAUCGUAGAUCCAGAAACAGGAAAAGAGAUGUCUGUGUAUGAGGCAUACCGCAAAGGACUCAUUGACCAUCAAACAUAUAUUGAACUUGCAGAGCAAGAGUGUGAAUGGGAAGAAAUUACCACCUCAUCAUCAGAUGGUGUUGUCAAGUCUAUGAUCAUUGACAGAAGGUCUGGACGGCAGUAUGACAUUGAUGAUGCAAUCUCCAAGGGCCUCAUAGACCAGUCUGCUUUGGACCAGUACCGUGCUGGUACCCUUUCUAUCACUGAAUUUGCUGACAUGCUCUCUGGCAAUAUGAGUGGCUUCAGAUCGCGUUCAUCUUCCUUUGGGUCCAACUCAUCCUAUCCCAUGAGUCCAAUUCCCUCCAUAAAGACACCAGCUACAACCUGGACUGAUCCAUCUGAGGAAACUGGACCAGUGGCUGGAAUCUUAGAUACAGAUACUUUGGAAAAGGUGUCAGUUACGGAGGCUAUGCAUCGGAAUCUAGUUGACAACAUCACUGGUCAAAGACUACUAGAAGCACAAGCAUGCACAGGGGGAAUUAUUGACCCAAACACUGGAGAGAAAUUCUCUGUUGCUGAUGCUAUGAACAAAGGGCUGGUGGACAAGAUCAUGGUUGAUCGUAUCAACCUAGCACAGAAAGCUUUUCAGGGAUUUGAAGAUCCAAGAACCAAAACCAAAAUGUCUGCCUCUCAAGCCUUAAAGAAGGGUUGGCUCUACUACGAAGCUGGCCAACGUUUCCUUGAAGUCCAGUACCUAACAGGUGGUUUGAUUGAACCAGAUGUUACAGGAAGAGUACCACUGGAUGAUGCUGUUAAGAAGGGCAAUCUAGAUGCACGCACUGCACAGAAACUAAGAGAUGUCAGUGGAUAUUCCAAAUACCUCACCUGCCCCAAAACAAAACUCAAGAUCUCAUACAAGGACGCCAUGGACAGAAGUAUGAUAGAGGAAGGAUCUGGCCUGAGGUUGCUAGAAGCGUCCUCCCAGUCCAGUAAAGGUCUUUACAGCCCAUACAGCAUCAGUGGCUCUGGAUCAACUUCAGGGUCUAGGUCUGGAUCCAGAACUGGUUCAAGAUCAGGCUCUAGAAGGGGAAGUUUUGAUGCUACAGGCUCAGGUUUGUCCAUGGGUUUUUCUUCAUCCUACAGCCCCACUAGCUAUGGCCGCCGUUAUGAUUCAGGGGCACAUGGUGGACUGCAGAUGGAUGAGCUAAAGCAAGCCCUUACAGCUUUAGCAUCAGGCAGGAACUGUUGCUAUGAUGAAAAGAGAAUAUUCACAUCAUCACAAACUCAAUCCUCUUUAGUUGGUCAUACAAAGACAAAACACCAUCAGGAAGCUGGUGCAAGAAAAUAUCCACACAAAAAAAUGCCAGCUCAGGAAAAUUGCAAUUCUCAGGGGCCAGUAGCUGGGGUGUUUCUUGAACAUUCAAAUGAAACCAUUACAAUAUACCAAGCCUACAAGAAACGCUUGUUGACUCCAGGAACAUGUCUGGCACUGUUAGAAGCCCAAGCUGCAACAGGAGGAAUCAUCGACCCAGUCAAAAACAGGAUAUGCACUGUAGAAGAUGCGGUAAAGGAAGGCAUUGUGGGACGUGAAAUGAAAGAGAAACUUCAAUUCGCUGAGAGGGCCAUCAUGGGCUACACAGAUCCUUACACCAACCAACAAAUCUCACUCUUCCAGGCCAUGCAGAAAGAUGUGAUUCCAAAAGAGUAUGGCAUUAGACUACUUGAGGCACAGAUCUCUGGCAAAGGGAUCUAUGACCCUAUUGAAAAAUGCUACCUAACAGAAGAACAAGCCAAUGGACGAGGUCACUAUGACAAAGAUCUUUUCAGAGACCAGAUGGAUGAUCUAAAAAUAUUCUAUGACCCAAACUCUCAGGAAAACCUCACCUAUCCAUCGCUGAUAAAGAAAUGCACAGUAGCCCCAGACACAGGUUUACUGCUUUUCCCGAUGUACAUCACAUUUAAAGGCCUCCGCAGAGGUGUAACCUCUGCUGAGCUUCUGUCAUCAAAAAUAAUUGACCAACAGACAUUUGAAAAUCUACAUGAUGGUAAAACCACCACCCAGGACGUGAUGUUAAUGGAAACGGUUAAAGAAUAUCUAGAAGGUCAAAAGAGCAUUGGGGGAGUAGCUGUGCUCUCCACAAAUAAGAAAAUGAGCAUCUAUCAGGCAAUGAGACAAGGAAUAAUCAUGCCUGGUUCUGCUUUGAUUCUGCUAGAAGCACAGGCUGCAACUGGAUUCAUGAUUGACCCUGUUGAAAACAAGACAUUCACUGUAGAUGCAGCCAUUAAACAAAAACUUGUAGGACCAGAAUACCAUGCAAAAUUGCUUGCAGCAGAACGUGCAGUUACUGGUUACAAGGACCCAUACACUGGUGAAACCAUUUCUCUUUUUCAAGCUCUGAAGAAGGAACUGAUUGUGAAGGAGCAUGGAAUCCGCUUGCUUGAAGCACAAAUUGCAACUGGUGGAAUUAUUGACCCCAUAUACAGUCAUAGAGUUCCUGUGGAUGUAGCAUACAAGCGUGGCUUCUUUGAUGAGGAAAUGAAUGCCAUCCUUAAGGAUCCUGAAGAUGACACUAAAGGAUUCUUUGACCCAAACACAAAGGAUAAUCUGACAUAUCUACAACUGCUGGAUCAUUGUGUCAUUGACUCUUCUACAGGACUUACAUUGUUGCCCAUUCAGGAUACAUCUGGUAGUCUGAAUCACACAUUCAUUGGCUAUGACAUCAAAAAAGUAUUCAAGGGUGUCAUGGUGAAAGUGACACAUGGUAAAUACAUUGGAAUGACUGUUUCACUCUGGGAAUUACUUAUGUCUGAAUACUUCACUGAACAGCAAAGGCUAGACUUUAUCCAGCAAUACAGAAACAGAACAGUCACGGUUGAAUUUAUCGUCACUAAAGUCCUGGAGAUCAUUGAACAUUCAGUGAAAACAGCUAAAGUAGUUUUUGAAGGUAUAAGGGAAAAAGUAAGUGCAAACCAGCUCUUUGAGGCUGAUAUCAUCACAGAGCAUGAUCUAGAAGAUCUCAGAGAAGGAAAAAAGACUGUCAAAGAUGUUACGGAGAAUGUAUCUGUGCAUACAUAUCUACAAGGCAAACCAAGCAUUGCUGGUGUGCUGCUUCCUGACUCACAAGUGAUGUCAAUCUACCAAGCCAGACAAAAAGGGAUUCUGAGGCCAGGAACAUCACUUGUUCUUCUUGAAGCCCAGGCUGCAACAGGAUACAUAAUUGACCCAAUUGCUAAUCUAAAGUUCUCUGUAGAUGAUGCAGUGAAGGCACGGGUGGUAGGGGCUGAUCUUCAUGCAAAACUAUCCUCAGCAGAGAAGGCAGUGACAGGUUACCAUGAUCCAUACACUGGCAAGAAAAUCUCAUUGUUCCAAGCAAUGCAAAAAGAUUUAAUUGUGAAAGAUCAUGGUAUACGUCUACUAGAGGCCCAGAUUGCCACAGGGGGCAUUAUUGAUCCUGUAAAUAGCCAUCGCAUUCCAGUUCAUAUUGCUUAUAAACGAGGAUUCUUUGAUAGUGAAAUGAAUCAGACCCUUUGUGAUCCAACUGAUGACACAAAAGGAUUCUUUGACCCAAACACUCAUGAAAACCUUACCUAUAUGCAGCUUAUGUCCAGAUGUGUCACUGACCAAAGCACGGGCCUUUGCCUUUUGAUAAUCAAAGGGAACGACAAGAGAGUCAAGAUAGGGGACAGCACCAAAGAGGCCUUCCACACCACGCAUGUCUCUGUGCGAUACGGCAGAUUCAGCAGCAAGAAAGUGACACUCUGGGAUCUCAUCAACUCAGAAUAUUUGUCUGAGGAGAAAAGACAGGAGCUGUUAAAAUGUUACAAGUCAAAAGCAAUCACAAUUGAAGAAAUCAUCACAAUAGUUUUAGAGAUCAUUGAGCGCAAAGAAGUACAAAGAAAUGCUGACCUCAGUGUAGAUGGUCUCAGGGGAAAAGUUUCGAUUUUGGAGCUGCUGAAUUUGGGAAUAAUAGAUGACAAUAAAUACAAAAAUGUUAUUGAGGGGAAGCUGACAAUCAAAGAUCUCAUUGAGACGGGCACUUUGAGGAACUUCCUCAGCGGAACAAGCUGUAUCGCAGGUGUAAUAUUACAAAAGUCUAAUCAGAAAAUGAGCAUCUACAACGCCAGAAAAGAAGGCCAUCUUACCCCUGGCACUGCAUUGUGUCUUCUUGAAGCACAGGCUGCCACUGGGUUUAUUAUUGAUCCAAUACAAAACAAGAAACUCACCGUUGAUGAGGCACUGAAGCAGAAAAUCAUAGUUCCAGAGUUGUAUGAAAAACUCCUGGCUGCUGAGAAAGCAGUGACUGGUUACAAAGACCCAUACACAGGCAAGACAAUAUCACUUUUCGAAGCAAUCAAGAAAGAACUUAUUGUAAAGCAGCAUGGCAUUCGUCUGCUUGAAGCCCAGAUUGCUACAGGUGGCAUCAUUGAUCCCUUAACAUGUUUACAUUUGCCACUUGAUGUUGCUUUCCGGAAGGGUUAUUUUGAUUCUGACUUAAACCAGAUACUUGCUGAUCAAACCGAUGACACUAAAGGAUUUUUUGAUCCCACCACACAAGAAAAUCUGACUUACAUGGAGAUGAUCGCACGAUGCAUAAAGGAUCCCCAUACUGGUCUUUUACUUCUUCCAGUUGCCGAAAAAGGGAAAACACAAGAGAAAUCACAAAAAAUCAUCUCCGACGUUGAGAUUAAGGAAGAAUUUGAGAAAAACAAAGUUGUCAUUCGUGUUGGCCGUUUCUCUGGAAAAUCACUGUCUCUUUGGGAGAUAAUUCAUUCUGUAUACUUCACAGAUGAACAGAGGCAGCAGUACUUUGAACAAUUUUGUUUGGGCAAGAUAAAUAUCAAGGAUGUUGAAACCGUGGUUACCACAACUAUUGAAACACUAGAACAGAAAGAAGCAGCUCCUCAAACAACAAUGGGCCUGAGAAAACCCGUUUCUGUGCAACAGCUGCAUGAGUCUGGAAUCAUUGACACCAGUACUUACAAAGCACUGCAACUUGGUAAGGAGACCCUUGGAAAUGUGGUUAAACUUGAAUCUGUUCAAAGGUAUUUGAAGGGCACUGGAAGUAUUGCUGGAGUGAAGCUUCAUCCAUCAGGAAAAGUGUUAAGCUUAAACAUGGCAAAAACUGAAGGCUUACUCACUUCCAAUGCAGCACUGUUGCUGCUUGAGGCUCAGGCAGCAACUGGAUAUGUUAUCGAUCCAAUCAAAAACACACAUCACUCAGUCAUGGAGGCUGUCAGAGGUCAACUUAUUGGACCAGAGAUAUUGGAGCACUUGCUAUUGGCUGAACGUGCUGUCACUGGCUUCACAGACCCAUACACAGAUGAGCAGAUCUGCUUAUUUGAAGCUAUGAAUAAAGGUCUCAUCCCUCGGAAACAUGGACUGAACCUCUUAGAUGCACAGCUUGCCACAGGGGGAAUUAUUGAUCCAACGGGAAGCUAUCGGUUGCCUGUUCAAAAAGCAAUUAUGAAAGGAUGCUUGAAUAAGGAGACCAGUGAUCUUCUGGCAAAUCUUAGUAAAAGUGAAAAAGGGUUUUCAGACCCCCAAACAAAAGAACCUCUUACCUACCAUCAGCUCAUGACGAAAUGUGAAAAGAAUUCAACAACCGGCAUGCUGCUUCUCCCAAUAACUGAAAAGAGUGCUGAAAGCUCAACCUUCAAUGACAAACAAAUAAUAAAUGUCCUCAAAGAAAAAUCAGUGAUCAUCAAUGCUGGAAAGUUUGCAGACAAACGUGUAUCACUUUGGGAUGUACUACACUCAGAGUAUAUAUCUGCAGAGAAGAGAAACGAAUUACUUGAACAAUACAAACAAAAGACACUAUCAAUAGAGGAGAUAACAGAAAUGGUGACAGUAAUGACUAUUGAGGUAAGCACAAAAAGGCAUUCCUUUAAAGGUCUGAGAAAACAAGUGUCAGCAAGUGAACUAUUUGAAGCAAAAAUCAUCUCAAAACAAAUGUUUACUAAGCUUAUCAAUGAAGAAGUAGAUGAUGAAGAUAUAAACAAUAUGGAAUCUAUUCAAAAAUACCUUGGCGCAACAAACUGUAUUGCUGGUGUAUAUGUCCAGUCAACCAAACAGACCAUGAGCAUUUUUGAAGCAAGAAAUAAGGGACUUCUGACACCUGGAACGACUCUGGUUUUACUUGAGGCCCAGGCUGCCACUGGUUUUAUGAUUGACCCAGAGAAGAACAAAAAGCUUUCAGUAGAGCAGGCGGUGGCAGAAGGGAUUGUGGGGAUGGAAUGGAAAAGCAAACUGAUGUCUGCAGAACGGGCAGUAACUGGGUACACAGAUCCCUACACAGGCAAAACAAUAUCCUUGUUCCAGGCCUUAAAAAAAGAUCUGAUUGUCAAGGACCAUGGUAUUCGUCUGCUAGAAGCUCAGAUUGCUACGGGGGGCAUCAUUGAUCCUGUACACAGCCAUCGUGUCCCUGUGGAGGUGGCUUACCAAAGAGGGUACUUUGAUGAGGAGAUGAACAAGAUCCUCUCUGAUCCAGAUGAUGACACCAAGGGUUUCUUUGAUCCCAAUACACAGGAGAACCUCACAUACUUGCAACUUGUGGAGAGGUGUGUUAAAGACCCCAACACUGGCCUGAGCCUCCUUGUGAUUGUGAAAAAGGGAGAGUACUACUUCUUCAUUGAUGAACAUACAAAGAAUAUCCUCAAGUCUGCAACCACAAAGAAAGCAGGAGGUAAAUUCCAAGGACAGCUGGUGACACUUUGGGAUCUGCUGUAUUCAAAUUACAUAUCUGAGGAAAAGAGGAGAGAAUUGGUGCAGCAGUUUAAGUCAGGUACAAUAACUAUUGAACAAUUCUUAGAAAUAGUUUUGACCUUAGUAUCACAGAAAUCAGGAACAAGCACCCACACAAUUACUACCACCACCACAGCAACAACAACAGAGACAACCCAAAAGAACAACUUCCAAGGUAUCAGAAAGGAUGUGAGUGCUGAUGAGCUGCUGCUAUCCAAAGUCAUUGAUGAGAAAAUGUACAAAGACCUAACUACUGGGAAAGUCACAGUUGAUCAUGUAAGUGAAAUAGACUCUGUGCGAAAAUACCUGAAAGGGACGAACUGCAUUGCUGGUGUAUUUGUGCAGUCUACCAAACAGACCGUGAGCAUAAGCGAAGCCAAAACUAAGGGACUUCUAACACCAGGAACGUCUUUGGUUUUACUUGAGGCACAGGCUGCCACUGGCUUUAUGAUUGACCCAGUGAAGAACAAAAAACUGUCAGUAGAGCAGGCGGUGGCAGAAGGGAUUGUGGGGAUGGAAUGGAAAAGCAAACUGAUGUCUGCAGAGCGGGCAGUGACUGGGUACACCGAUCCCUACACAGGCAAAACAAUCUCUUUGUUCCAGGCCUUAAAAAAAGAUCUGAUUGUCAAGGACCAUGGUAUUCGUCUGCUAGAAGCUCAGAUUGCUACGGGGGGCAUCAUUGAUCCUGUGCACAGCCAUCGUGUCCCUGUGGAGGUGGCUUACCAAAGAGGUUACUUUGAUGAGGAGAUGAACAAGAUCCUCUCUGAUCCAGAUGAUGACACCAAGGGUUUCUUUGAUCCCAACACACAGGAGAACCUCACAUACUUGCAACUUGUGGAGAGGUGUGUUAAAGACCCUAACACUGGCCUGAGCCUCCUUGUGAUUGUGAAAAAGGGAGAGUACUACUUCUUCAUUGAUGAACAUACAAAGAAUAUCCUCAAGUCUGCAACCACAAAGAAAGCAGGAGGUAAAUUCCAAGGACAGCUGGUGACACUUUGGGAUCUGCUGUAUUCAAAUUACAUAUCUGAGGAAAAGAGGAGAGAACUGGUGCAGCAGUUUAAGUCAGGUACAAUAACUAUUGAACAAUUCUUAGAAAUAGUUCUGACCUUAGUAUCACAGAAAUCAGGAACAAGCACCCAGACAAUUACUACCACCACCACAGCAACAACAGAAACAACCCAACAGCACAACUUCCAAGGUAUCAGAAAGGAUGUGAGUGCUAAUGAGCUGCUGCUAUCCAAAGUCAUUGAUGAGAAAAUGUACAAAGACCUAACUACUGGAAAAGUCACAGUUGAUCAUGUAAGUGAAAUAGACUCUGUGCGAAAAUACCUGAAAGGGACGAACUGCAUUGCUGGUGUAUUUGUGCAGUCUACCAAACAGACCGUGAGCAUAAGCGAAGCCAAAAAUAAGGGACUUCUAACACCAGGAACGUCUUUGGUUUUACUUGAGGCCCAGGCUGCCACUGGCUUUAUGAUUGACCCAGUAAAGAACAAAAAACUGUCAGUAGAGCAGGCGGUGGCAGAAGGGAUUGUGGGGAUGGAAUGGAAAAGCAAACUGAUGUCUGCAGAGCGGGCAGUGACUGGGUACACCGAUCCCUACACAGGCAAAACAAUCUCUUUGUUCCAGGCCUUAAAAAAAGAUCUGAUUGUCAAGGACCAUGGUAUUCGUCUGCUAGAAGCUCAGAUUGCUACGGGGGGCAUCAUUGAUCCUGUGCACAGCCAUCGUGUCCCUGUGGAGGUGGCUUACCAAAGAGGGUACUUUGAUGAGGAGAUGAACAAGAUCCUCUCUGAUCCAGAUGAUGACACCAAGGGUUUCUUUGAUCCCAACACACAGGAGAACCUCACAUACUUGCAACUUGUGGAGAGGUGUGUUAAAGACCCCCAGACUGGCCUGAGCCUCCUUGUAAUUGUGAAAAAGGGCGAGUACUACUUCUUCAUUGAUGAACAUACAAAGAAUAUCCUCAAGUCUACAACCACAAAGAAAGCAGGAGGUAAAUUCCAAGGACAGCUUGUGACUCUUUGGGAUCUGCUGUAUUCAAAUUACAUAUCCGAGGAAAAGAGGAGAGAACUGGUGCAGCAGUUUAAGUCAGGUACAAUAACUAUUGAACAAUUCUUAGAAAUAGUUCUGACCUUAGUAUCACAGAAAUCAGGAACAAGCACCCAGACAAUUACUACCAUCACCACAGCAACAACAGAGACAACCCAACAGCACAACUUCCAAGGUAUCAGAAAGGAUGUGAGUGCUGAUGAGUUGCUGCUAUCCAAAGUCAUUGAUGAGAAAAUGUACAAAGACCUAACUACUGGAAAAGUCACAGUUGAUCAUGUAAGUGAAAUAGACUCUGUGCGAAAAUACCUGAGAGGGACAAACUGCAUUGCUGGUGUAUUUGUGCAGUCUACCAAACAGACCAUGAGCAUAAUCAAAGCCAAAAAUAAGGGACUUCUAACACCAGGAACGUCUUUGGUUUUACUUGAGGCCCAGGCUGCCACUGGCUUUAUGAUUGACCCAGUAAAGAACAAAAAACUGUCAGUAGAGCAGGCAGUGACUGAAGGGAUUGUUGGAACAGAAUGGAAAAGCAAACUGCUGUCUGCAGAGCGGGCAGUUACUGGUUACACAGACCCCAGCACGGGAAAAACAAUCUCCUUGUUCCAGGCCUUAAAAAAAGAUCUGAUUGUCAAGGACCAUGGUAUUCGUCUGCUAGAAGCUCAGAUUGCUACGGGGGGCAUCAUUGAUCCUGUGCACAGCCAUCGUGUCCCUGUGGAGGUGGCUUACCAAAGAGGUUACUUUGAUGAGGAGAUGAACAAGAUCCUCUCUGAUCCAGAUGAUGACACCAAGGGUUUCUUUGAUCCCAACACACAGGAGAACCUCACAUACUUGCAACUUGUGGAGAGGUGUGUUAAAGACCCUAACACUGGCCUGAGCCUCCUUGUGAUUGUGAAAAAGGGAGAGUACUACUUCUUCAUUGAUGAACAUACAAAGAAUAUCCUCAAGUCUGCAACCACAAAGAAAGCAGGAGGUAAAUUCCAAGGACAGCUGGUGACACUUUGGGAUCUGCUGUAUUCAAAUUACAUAUCUGAGGAAAAGAGGAGAGAACUGGUGCAGCAGUUUAAGUCAGGUACAAUAACUAUUGAACAAUUCUUAGUAAUAGUUCUGACCUUAGUAUCACAGAAAUCAGGAACAAGCACCCAGACAAUUACUACCACCACCACAGCAACAACAGAGACAACCCAACAGCACAACUUCCAAGGUAUCAGAAAGGAUGUGAGUGCUAAUGAGUUGCUGCUAUCCAAAGUCAUUGAUGAGAAAAUGUACAAAGACCUAACUACUGGAAAAGUCACAGUUGAUCAUGUAAGUGAAAUAGACUCUGUGCGAAAAUACCUGAAAGGGACAAACUGUAUUGCUGGUGUAUUUGUGCAGUCUACCAAACAGACCAUGAGCAUAAGUGAAGCCAAAAAUAAGGGACUUCUAACACCAGGAACGUCUUUGGUUUUACUUGAGGCCCAGGCUGCCACUGGCUUUAUGAUUGACCCAGUGAAGAACAAAAAACUGUCAGUAGAGCAGGCGGUGACUGAAGGGAUUGUUGGAACAGAAUGGAAAACCAAACUGCUGUCUGCAGAGCGGGCAGUUACUGGUUACACAGACCCCAGCACGGGAAAAACAAUCUCCUUGUUCCAGGCCUUAAAACAAGAUCUGAUUGUCAAGGACCAUGGUAUUCGUCUGCUAGAAGCUCAGAUUGCUACGGGGGGCAUCAUUGAUCCUGUGCACAGCCAUCGUGUCCCUGUGGAGGUGGCUUACCAAAGAGGGUACUUUGAUGAGGAGAUGAACAAGAUCCUCUCUGAUUCAGAUGAUGACACCAAGGGUUUCUUUGAUCCCAACACACAGGAGAACCUCACAUACCUGCAACUUGUGGAGAGGUGUGUUAAAGACCCCAAGACUGGCCUGAGCCUCCUUGUAAUUGUGAAAAAGGGCGAGUAUUACUUCUUCACUGAUGAACAUACAAAGAAUAUACUCAAGUCUACAACCACAAAGAAAGCAGGAGGUAAAUUCCAAGGACAGCUUGUGACUCUUUGGGAUCUGCUGUAUUCAAAUUACAUAUCCGAGGAAAAGAGGAGAGAACUGGUGCAGCAGUUUAAGUCAGGUACAAUAACUAUUGAACAAUUCUUAGAAAUAGUUCUGACCUUAGUAUCACAGAAAUCAGGAACAAGCACCCAGACAAUUACUACCACCACCACAGCAACAACAACAGAGACAACCCAAAAGAACAACUUCCAAGGUAUCAGAAAGGAUGUGAGUGCUGAUGAGCUGCUGCUAUCCAAAAUCAUUGAUGAGAAAAUGUACAAAGACCUAACUACUGGAAAAGUCACAGUUAAUCAUGUAAGUGAAAUAGACUCUGUGCGAAAAUACCUGAAAGGGACGAACUGCAUUGCUGGUGUAUUUGUGCAGUCUACCAAACAGACCGUGAGCAUAAGCGAAGCCAAAACUAAGGGACUUCUAACACCAGGAACGUCUUUGGUUUUACUUGAGGCACAGGCUGCCACUGGCUUUAUGAUUGACCCAGUGAAGAACAAAAAACUGUCAGUAGAGCAGGCGGUGGCAGAAGGGAUUGUGGGGAUGGAAUGGAAAAGCAAACUGAUGUCUGCAGAGCGGGCAGUGACUGGGUACACCGAUCCCUACACAGGCAAAACAAUCUCUUUGUUCCAGGCCUUAAAAAAAGAUCUGAUUGUCAAGGACCAUGGUAUUCGUCUGCUAGAAGCUCAGAUUGCUACGGGGGGCAUCAUUGAUCCUGUGCACAGCCAUCGUGUCCCUGUGGAGGUGGCUUACCAAAGAGGGUACUUUGAUGAGGAGAUGAACAAGAUCCUCUCUGAUCCAGAUGAUGACACCAAGGGUUUCUUUGAUCCCAACACACAGGAGAACCUCACAUAUUUGCAACUUGUGGAGAGGUGUGUUAAAGACCCCCAGACUGGCCUGAGCCUCCUUGUAAUUGUGAAAAAGGGCGAGUACUACUUCUUCAUUGAUGAACAUACAAAGAAUAUCCUCAAGUCUACAACCACAAAGAAAGCAGGAGGUAAAUUCCAAGGACAGCUUGUGACUCUUUGGGAUCUGCUGUAUUCAAAUUACAUAUCCGAGGAAAAGAGGAGAGAACUGGCGCAGCAGUUUAAGUCAGGUACAAUAACUAUUGAACAAUUCUUAGAAAUAGUUCUGACCUUAGUAUCACAGAAAUCAGGAACAAGCACCCAGACAAUUACUACCACCACCACAGCAACAACAGAGACAACCCAACAGCACAACUUCCAAGGUAUCAGAAAGGAUGUGAGUGCUAAUGAGUUGCUGCUAUCCAAAGUCAUUGAUGAGAAAAUGUACAAAGACCUAACUACUGGAAAAGUCACAGUUGAUCAUGUAAGUGAAAUAGACUCUGUGCGAAAAUACCUGAAAGGGACAAACUGCAUUGCUGGUGUAUUUGUGCAGUCUACCAAACAGACCAUGAGCAUAAUCAAAGCCAAAAAUAAGGGACUUCUAACACCAGGAACGUCUUUGGUUUUACUUGAGGCCCAGGCUGCCACUGGCUUUAUGAUUGACCCAGUAAAGAACAAAAAACUGUCAGUAGAGCAGGCAGUGACUGAAGGGAUUGUUGGAACAGAAUGGAAAAGCAAACUGCUGUCUGCAGAGCGGGCAGUAACUGGUUACACAGACCCCAGCACGGGAAAAACAAUCUCCUUGUUCCAGGCCUUAAAAAAAGAUCUGAUUGUCAAGGACCAUGGUAUUCGUCUGCUAGAAGCUCAGAUUGCUACGGGGGGCAUCAUUGAUCCUGUGCACAGCCAUCGUGUCCCUGUGGAGGUGGCUUACCAAAGAGGUUACUUUGAUGAGGAGAUGAACAAGAUCCUCUCUGAUCCAGAUGAUGACACCAAGGGUUUCUUUGAUCCCAACACACAGGAGAACCUCACAUACUUGCAACUUGUGGAGAGGUGUGUUAAAGACCCUAACACUGGCCUGAGCCUCCUUGUGAUUGUGAAAAAGGGAGAGUACUACUUCUUCAUUGAUGAACAUACAAAGAAUAUCCUCAAGUCUGCAACCACAAAGAAAGCAGGAGGUAAAUUCCAAGGACAGCUGGUGACACUUUGGGAUCUGCUGUAUUCAAAUUACAUAUCUGAGGAAAAGAGGAGAGAACUGGUGCAGCAGUUUAAGUCAGGUACAAUAACUAUUGAACAAUUCUUAGAAAUAGUUCUGACCUUAGUAUCACAGAAAUCAGGAAAAAGCACCCAGACAAUUACUACCACCACCACAGCAACAACAGAGACAACCCAACAGCACAACUUCCAAGGUAUCAGAAAGGAUGUGAGUGCUAAUGAGUUGCUGCUAUCCAAAGUCAUUGAUGAGAAAAUGUACAAAGACCUAACUACUGGAAAAGUCACAGUUGAUCAUGUAAGUGAAAUAGACUCUGUGCGAAAAUACCUGAAAGGGACAAACUGUAUUGCUGGUGUAUUUGUGCAGUCUACCAAACAGACCAUGAGCAUAAGUGAGGCCAAAAAUAAGGGACUUCUAACACCAGGAACGUCUUUGGUUUUACUUGAGGCCCAGGCUGCCACUGGCUUUAUGAUUGACCCAGUGAAGAACAAAAAACUGUCAGUAGAGCAGGCGGUGACUGAAGGGAUUGUUGGAACAGAAUGGAAAAGCAAACUGCUGUCUGCAGAGCGGGCAGUUACUGGUUACACAGACCCCAGCACGGGAAAAACAAUCUCCUUGUUCCAGGCCUUAAAACAAGAUCUGAUUGUCAAGGACCAUGGUAUUCGUCUGCUAGAAGCUCAGAUUGCUACGGGGGGCAUCAUUGAUCCUGUGCACAGCCAUCGUGUCCCUGUGGAGGUGGCUUACCAAAGAGGGUACUUUGAUGAGGAGAUGAACAAGAUCCUCUCUGAUUCAGAUGAUGACACCAAGGGUUUCUUUGAUCCCAACACACAGGAGAACCUCACAUACCUGCAACUUGUGGAGAGGUGUGUUAAAGACCCCAAUACUGGCCUGAGCCUCCUUGUAAUUGUGAAAAAGGGCGAGUAUUACUUCUUCACCGAUGAACAUACAAAGAAUAUACUCAAGUCUACAACCACAAAGAAAGCAGGAGGUAAAUUCCAAGGACAGCUUGUGACUCUUUGGGAUCUGCUGUAUUCAAAUUACAUAUCCGAGGAAAAGAGGAGAGAACUGGUGCAGCAGUUUAAGUCAGGUACAAUAACUAUUGAACAAUUCUUAGAAAUAGUUCUGACCUUAGUAUCACAGAAAUCAGGAACAAGCACCCAGACAAUUACUACCACCACCACAGCAACAACAACAGAGACAACCCAAAAGAACAACUUCCAAGGUAUCAGAAAGGAUGUGAGUGCUGAUGAGCUGCUGCUAUCCAAAGUCAUUGAUGAGAAAAUGUACAAAGACCUAACUACUGGAAAAGUCACAGUUGAUCAUGUAAGUGAAAUAGACUCUGUGCGAAAAUACCUGAAAGGGACGAACUGCAUUGCUGGUGUAUUUGUGCAGUCUACCAAACAGACCGUGAGCAUAAGCGAAGCCAAAAAUAAGGGACUUCUAACACCAGGAACGUCUUUGGUUUUACUUGAGGCACAGGCUGCCACUGGCUUUAUGAUUGACCCAGUGAAAAACAAAAAACUGUCAGUAGAGCAGGCGGUGGCAGAAGGGAUUGUGGGGAUGGAAUGGAAAAGCAAACUGAUGUCUGCAGAGCGGGCAGUGACUGGGUACACCGAUCCCUACACAGGCAAAACAAUCUCUUUGUUCCAGGCCUUAAAAAAAGAUCUGAUUGUCAAGGACCAUGGUAUUCGUCUGCUAGAAGCUCAGAUUGCUACGGGGGGCAUCAUUGAUCCUGUGCACAGCCAUCGUGUCCCUGUGGAGGUGGCUUACCAAAGAGGGUACUUUGAUGAGGAGAUGAACAAGAUCCUCUCUGAUCCAGAUGAUGACACCAAGGGUUUCUUUGAUCCCAACACACAGGAGAACCUCACAUACUUGCAACUUGUGGAGAGGUGUGUUAAAGACCCCCUGACUGGCCUGAGCCUCCUUGUAAUUGUGAAAAAGGGCGAGUACUACUUCUUCAUUGAUGAACAUACAAAGAAUAUCCUCAAGUCUACAACCACAAAGAAAGCAGGAGGUAAAUUCCAAGGACAGCUUGUGACUCUUUGGGAUCUGCUGUAUUCAAAUUACAUAUCCGAGGAAAAGAGGAGAGAACUGGUGCAGCAGUUUAAGUCAGGUACAAUAACUAUUGAACAAUUCUUAGAAAUAGUUCUGACCUUAGUAUCACAGAAAUCAGGAACAAUCACCCAGACAAUUACUACCACCACCACAGCAACAACAGAGACAACCCAACAGCACAACUUCCAAGGUAUCAGAAAGGAUGUGAGUGCUGAUGAGUUGCUGCUAUCCAAAGUCAUUGAUGAGAAAAUGUACAAAGACCUAACUACUGGAAAAGUCACAGUUGAUCAUGUAAGUGAAAUAGACUCCGUGCGAAAAUACCUGAAAGGGACGAACUGCAUUGCUGGUGUAUUUGUGGAGUCUACCAAACAGACCAUGAGCAUAAUCAAAGCCAAAAAUAAGGGACUUCUAACACCAGGAACGUCUUUGGUUUUACUUGAGGCACAGGCUGCCACUGGCUUUAUGAUGGACCCAGUGAAGAAUAAAAAACUGUCAGUAGAGCAGGCGGUGACUGAAGGGAUUGUUGGAGCAGAAUGGAAAAGCAAACUGCUGUCUGCAGAGCGGGCAGUUACUGGUUACACAGACCCCAGCACAGGAAAAACAAUCUCCUUGUUCCAGGCCUUAAAAAAAGAUCUGAUUGUCAAGGACCAUGGUAUUCGUCUGCUAGAAGCUCAGAUUGCUACGGGGGGCAUCAUUGAUCCUGUGCACAGCCAUCGUGUCCCUGUGGAGGUGGCGUACCAAAGAGGGUACUUUGAUGAGGAGAUGAACAAGAUCCUCUCAGAUCCAGAUGAUGACACCAAGGGUUUCUUUGAUCCCAACACACAGGAGAACCUCACAUACUUGCAACUUGUGGAGAGGUGUGUUAGAGACCCAAAGACUGGGCUGAGUCUGCUUGCUUUAAAAAAGUAGAGUUAAGAUUGGAUGCAAUAUCCCAUGCAAACUAUUCAUGCUUUGUUAACUACAAUCAUACUCUUCUCUUCCUACUUAUUCCAUUUGCAAAUCUGUAAGUGUAUCAUUUAAGUGUAUACCAUUUCAGUUUCAGUGUGCAUUGUUUAUAUUAGAGUUUAAGAUAACUUCA